AUGUAUUUAAACUAUGACGGAGCUAAACUGUCUGUUGAAUCUGUUGAGUCAAAUAAUUCAGUUGAAUCACGUGAUGUUGAAAAUCAUAUUAAAAAUGCAACACUGAAAACUAUUCUCAAUUAUUUGGCAUAUUUGAAAGUAGAAGUCACAAAAAUAUCUGACAUUCAACAAGAAAUCAUUGAUUCUAUAAACAAUUCAAGAUCUAAUAUAACUACGUUUAAUUCAUCAAUUGGUGAUACAGAUUAUUUUGUAACUGCUUGGCUAAUUUCUAACUAUGAAGAACUAAACUUCAAGCUAAUCUUCUUGUGGGUUAUGGCCUUCAAGACCAUCCCUGCAAACAAAUUUGCCGCCAUAUUUCCCUAUCCUCUGCAGCUUCUCUUCGCUGUGUAUUUAGUUCUACUGCUUUAACAUCCUUUUUGAUACGAUCCUCCCAUCGUAAACGCGGUCUUCCUAACAGUCUUUUCCCAGUCGGAUUUUCUUUAAUAACCGCCUUAAUGAAAGAGCCCUCUUUCCUCCAGGCCACAUUAAUCUUAAACUUCAAGCUAAUAAACAAGAUUUUAAAAACAAAGUUGUAUGUUACAUUAAACUAUUCAAAUGUUUAAUUAAAAAUAGUUUUUUCAUUAUU